GACACGUUAUCAGUGAUAACAACACACGUGCACUUCUACUUAUGCCAUACGUGUUUUUAUUUCGUCCGCAAUGGACGACUUUUUAGGUAAAACAUAUGUUCUGUACGAUUCAGAGAAUUUUGAGGACUAUUUAGUGUAUUUAGGUUUGAGUUACAUAGCUCGUAAAGUGGCAAUCAGACUAAAUCAGUCUCAUAUCCUGACUAAAAACGAAGAUGGAACCUAUACCUUCCAGUUUCUGUCGACUAUGGCUAACUCCAGCGUCACUUUUAAUCCUGGUGAAGAGUUUGAAGAAGUUAAGGCUGAUGGUGUGAAGGUGAAAGCUCUAAUAAUAUUUGAAGGCAACAAAAUGAUACACACGCAGACAGCUGACGAUGGGAAGGUGUCGAGACACGAACGAGAGUUUUUUGUAGAUAAGAUGAUUGUGAUCACAACUGCAGAUGGACUGGACAAAACAGUGAAAAGAUAUUACAAAGUGGAACAGCAAUAAAGUGGAUAUGAAUUCAGUAUCUAGUCAGUGCUGGUGUUUAAUAAUUGAAAAAAUAUUGUAAUCAUAAGAUAUACUCAAUUAAUUUAACAAAUGUUUUUGGAAUUACUUAUAAAACUAAUUAUUAUGUUAUCAGCCUAUUCACGUAACUUUUUGAUGAGGAACUCUACUAGUUUCAAGCCAUGCUAGAGGCUCAUAUUCAUGAGCAGUAUUUACGUGAGUACGCCGAUUAUAAUUUAAUAUGUCUCACGAAAGUUAUAAUAACACAUAAAAGACGGUGUAAUAUAAUUAAAUAAUUAUAUAGAUGUAAGUAAAUAAGUACCAAUGUGACUUUCCGAGUUAUAUGUACUUUCUAAGUUUAUUUAGACACCACUGACAAACGGUGAAGGAAAACAUCGUGAGGAAAACUGGGCUUAUAAUUUUAAAUUAUAAGUUUGAAAUUGCCAACCCGCAUUGAGCAAGCGUGGUGAGUAAUGCUCAAACCUUCUCCGUGUGAGAAGAGGCUUUGGUCAGCAGUGGCCACUUAAUAGGCUGUUGAUAUGAAAUAAGUAUAUACUAUAAAUAAUAAUUAUUGGGAUAGAUCACUUGGUCGGAUGCUCAGUGUUCAUUUAGUGUUAAGUUCUAGAUGUAAAAAAAAACAAAUAAGAUGUAUACCUAAGGUAAAAAUAUAAAUGUGUAUAAAACAAUAAA